UGUUUCUCAAGAUUUCUAGAACCCACGUACGUCUUUCUUCUCCGUGACGUCGUCUCUUUCCUUUUUUUUUUAUAUAAAUGUGUAGCGUCCCAGAACUUUGAAGAGGAAUACUAUCCCUAGUCUUUCACAGGAAGUUAUGGUAUUUUUCUCUACUCAUCAACCACGACAACCGGUUUCCGUGUUGACUAAUGGAAUCUGAUCGGAGCAAUAAUCCGGUUCACUUUCGGUUCUUUCUCUCCGGUUUCUACUGCUGGGGCUGGGAAUUCUUGACCGCUCUCUUGCUCUUCAGUUGCUGAAAAGAAUUAACCGAUCGAUCGUUUCGUUUGAUUUAUUUUUUUUUUAUUUUUUUCAGAUUUGCUUGCUUUCUUUCUUUCUGUUAGAUUAAAAAUAAGGAGCAUCAAUUAGUUUGGGUGGUUGUUGACUCUCGUUGAGGGGGGACAAAUCGGAGAGAAAUGGCGCAAAGGUGUGUACCGGCGCCGUUCCUGACGAAGACGUAUCAGUUGGUGGAUGAUCCAGAGACGGACGAUGUGGUAUCGUGGGGAGAAAGCGGCACCACUUUUGUGGUAUGGAAGACUGCAGAUUUCGCCAAGGAUUUGCUGCCUAAAUAUUUCAAGCACAACAAUUUCUCCAGCUUCGUCCGCCAGCUUAACACAUACGGCUUCCGCAAGAUCGUGCCGGAUAAGUGGGAGUUCGCUAACGAGAAUUUCAAGCGAGGGCAGAAGGAGCUCCUCUCUCAGAUCCGACGUCGGAAGACCGUGAAUUCAGCUCCGUCACUUGAUCCUGCUGGGGUUAAAUCCACCGGCGAUGGUCCCUCUUCGGCGUCAAACUCUGGCGAGGACUUGGGGUCCUCCUCCACUUCUUCCCCGGAUUCGAAGAACCCGGGGUCGUUGGAGACGACAACAACAGCACAGGUGACCGAUUUAUCCGGCGAGAACGAGAAACUGAGGAAGGACAACGAAAUUCUGAGCUCGGAGCUGGCACUGAUGAAGCAGCAGUGCGAGGAGUUGGUAGCGUUUCUGACUGGGUAUUUGAAGGUGGGGCCCGAUCAAAUCAAUGGCAUAAUGCGGCAAGGAAUAAGUGGGUCCAGCCGCAAUGGAUUGGUUGAUGGGAUCAACGGAGUUGAUUCCGACGAAGAAGAUGAUGACGAAAAUAAUAGGAUUGAACAAAAGGAGGAGAGUUUGAAACUGUUCGGUGUUUGGUUGAAAGGAAAUGGGAAAAAGAGGGGGCGGGAUGAGAAAAUUGGUUUUGGUAGGUCCGAAGCGAAGGAAAUGAAGGUUUGUAAUUAACGAAACAACGUACGUAGGGAGGGGGCGGGGUGCGUAGGAUAAGGCCUGGUGCACCGCCUUCAGGCUAGCGUUGCUUGUUUUAAGCUAGACAAGUCUCGACGGCACAUCUCUUUUUUCUUCAUUCUAUGUAAUUAAGAUAAUUAAAAUAAUAGUUGUCGUGGAAUAUGGUUGAAUGUUACUGCAGAUUUCUUCUUGUAGCAAAGUUUGUAGUUUCUAUGUAUAAAUAAUUAAUUGUAAUCUCUGUAGUUUCUGAGUUACCGAACCAUCAAGAUAUAUAUGUCAAGCUUUGUGGACUUUUGGCAAAUA